CAGAUGGGUGGAUAGGUAUGGUAAUGCAACUUAGGUCAACGUCUGUGGGUUGGAAAAGUCUUUAAUAAAUAUUUGAUUUGCUCUGGACCCACAUCUCCAAAAACCUGCAGUGAGGAAUAUCUCAGAAACCUCCAACAUUAACCCUCAGCGAUGGCAGGCAAGGCAGUGGUGGUAAUGCGGCUGCUGGCUUCAGCCUACUCUGUGGCCGAGAAAGCAGGAGCGAUUGUAAGGAAAGUGCUUCACAGUGGAGAACUGGGAAUCGUUGAGAAGACGGGGGUCGAUGACCUACAGACGCUGGCGGACCGACUCGCUCAGAAGAGUAUAUGUGCCUCUCUCUCGAAGAGCUUUCCUAAAAUCACCAUCAUUGGCGAGGAGGAUCUACCAGCUGAGGCAGUGGAAGAGGACCUGAUUGAGACCGGCCAAAACGAUGGAAUAUUGCAAAAGCCAUGUCCGGAUGAGUACAGCAACUUAAAGGAGGAGGAGCUGGUUGUGUGGGUUGAUCCUCUAGAUGGCACCAAAGAAUACACUGAAGCUGCAUACAUAUUGAACAGCCCAGUUGUCUGUGUGAAUUGGCUUGAGGCCCACAGAUCUCCAACAAGGCUCCUGGAUCAUGUAACUGUGCUGAUAGGCAUCGCUCAUAAAGGAAAAGCAAUCGCUGGAGUGAUCAAUCAGCCCUUCUAUAACUACCAGGUGGGUGCGGGUGCCACUUUGGGCCGAACUAUCUGGGGAAUGUUGGGUUUGGGAUCCUUCGGGUUCCAGCUACAGGAAGUCCCAGAGGGGAAACGCAUCAUCACCACCACUCGCUCUCACAGCAAUAAACUCGUUACAGAUGCCGUCCAGGCCAUGGAGCCUGAUGAUGUCAUCAGAGUGGGAGGAGCUGGGAAUAAGAUUAUUCAGCUCGUGGAGGGAAAAGCGUCUGCGUAUGUGUUUGCCAGUCCGGGCUGUAAGAAGUGGGACACCUGUGCAACCGAAGCCAUUCUGCAUGCUGUCGGAGGGAAGCUGACUGACAUGCACGGGAAUGCUUACCGAUACGAUGCCGAUGUGAAGCACAUGAACUCCGCUGGUGUGUUAGCCACACUGCGGGAUCACCAGUUUUACGCCAGCAGAGUUCCCAAGUCUGUCCUCGAGGCCCUGAAGUCCGACUGAAACGGCCACGACGGCUUUACGGAAGUCUUUCUGCCGUUCAGUGUGGUUCCCUUCAACUGAAAUCAUUAGAGAAGUCUGUAUAGUGUCUUUAUCACUGACAGAAAAUAGAUCUGGAACUGGCACAAGUUUGAAAUAUUUUAAAUCUCAACAUUCUCACAUUUUGUAUAAUCUGCCAAAUAUUUUGGCAUAUCUGUACACACUUUUUGUACGUGCACUGAGUUAAUUGCACAUGCCAGUUAAUUGCAUCAGCCAAUCAUAUACGUUACUGUUUGUGUACAUUUGCUGACUGUAGCCCGUGUGUUAUAAGCUAGUUGAUAUUUGAAUCUGGAAUGAUUGACAGUGACAUGUUUGUUUUGUAUUUUUACUUUUUUAUAUUUACUGACAAUGGAAGCCAAGCCCCCGGCUCAUGUCGUUCGUCUCCUCUCGAAUUUCCUGCUUGAGAGAUGCGAUUACCGCGCAGUCCUCACAUUUUGUCACCUCACCAUGAAUGUAAAAUGGUUGGAGUUCAAUGUUGUGAAAUUGAUCCAAAUAUAUAUUUGAGCUAACAUUAGAUAAGAAUAUAUUUAAUAUUCGUUAGCUAUAAUUAUCAGGGAUGCCGAAGGGGGAAAAAAAAAACUGUCUGAAAGUGGUCACCAGGGUGGGGCUUACACAGGCCUACAAUGAAGUGUAAAAUUUACAUUUUGACAAUUUUAAUGUUAACUGGGUCACUUUACCGGUGCAAGUUUCAUUGAUGGGUUUCAUCUGCCGUUGCCUUUACUACACAAAAACUCCAGCAUGAAUUGCUCUUUUGUUUUGAAGAGCUAAUUUUGCAUUUAUUGUGUGUUGAAUUAGAAUUUUAUUUGAAUUAACUAUUGACUCUAAACAACAUGCUCUUUUUAUAAAGCUAAAUUUGCCAGUUAAUUUAAUUCAUUGUUGUCAUCUGCUCUUGACAUUGGCAUUAACUCGACAAGAAUAAAGACUGCUGAGAGACACCUGGA